GUCACAUGGUCCAUUUAUAGCCCAGUUUGCCUGCACGCUGCCAGGUCAGUGCCUAUACGUCCAGUCAGUCCCAUGCAGAGCUGUGUUAGCCCAGGAGGGACCACGGCCACGGGGGGUCAGGGAGGACAGCCAGGCACGAUUCCUUCGGGACAGGGGGUGGUAGGUGGUGGGAGGCGGCUGUGAUGCUGUAAGGGGGGCUGAUGGAUGUGUGACGCUGGCGAAUUGCAGCAAUUAUCAAACUGUACGUGCGGAGAGACCAGCCAGGACGCACUGGAUACAGCAGAUUUGGGGAGGGAAGGCAAAGUGGAGGCAGGGGGUGGGGGGAUACGACAGAGGUAGAAAAAAAAGAAAGAAAAACAUCAACAGGGAGUUGGAUGGAUUCAAGGGGACAGAGAGCAGGAGACCGGCUCUAGAAACAUCAAGGGUCCCAUCAAGUGGUCUGGUGUCUGCACCAAAUCAGCUUCAGGGAUGUAGUCGAAGCGGUUUAGAGCUCAGCCCAUACGAGCUCAUCAUCAUGAAGAAACACUCCGCAAGGGUUGCCCCGUUGUCCGCCUGCAACAGUCCGGUGCUCACCCUCACCAAAGUGGAAGGAGAAGACCGCACCAGGGAGAAUGUGGUGGGAACCACCGACACACAGACGGCUGGUGGAGCGGCAGGAGCGGAGCCUGGCUCCAACAGACGGAGGCUCCACUGCUGCAUCAGAGUAACAACUGUACAAGUGCGGAAGGCCCUGUGGGGAGUCGCUAUGGUGAUGUGUGUGUGCUCAUCCUGGGCAGGCUCCACCCAGCUGGCCAAACUGACCUUUAAGCAGUUUGAUGCCCCCUUCACCCUCACCUGGUUCGCCACCACUUGGAACUGCCUCUUCUUUCCCCUCUAUUACAUUGGCCACCUGUGCAAGAGUCCAGAGAGGCAAACGCCCAGACAAAGAUUCAGGGAGUGCUGUAGAUUUUUCGGAGACGACGGGCUGACCCCCAAGGUGUUUUUCACCAAGGUGGCUCCAUUUGGCCUGCUGUGGAUCCUCACCAACUACCUGUACCUGCAGGCCCUCAGGAAGAUCAACACAACAGACGUGUCGGCGCUUUUCUGUUGUAACAAAGCCUUCGUCUUCUUACUCUCUUGGAUUGUACUGAGAGACCGCUUCAUGGGGGUCAGGAUAGUAGCUGCUAUCUUGGCUAUAGCAGGCAUCGUAAUGAUGACCUAUGCUGAUGGAUUCCACAGCCACUCAGUCAUCGGCAUUACUUUGGUCGUGGCCUCUGCUUCGAUGUCAGCGCUCUACAAGGUGCUCUUCAAGAUGGUCCUGGGCAGUGCCAAAUUUGGAGAGGCUGCACUCUUUCUGAGCAUUGUUGGAAGUGCCAACUUUGUUUUCAUCAGCUUUGUGCCGGUCAUCCUGUACUUUACACACGUGGAGUACAUUGGCUCACCUGAAGACAUCCCCUGGGCCUACCUCUGUGGGGUUGCAGGCCUGCUUUUUGCUUUCAACAUCCUUGUGAACUUUGGCAUUGCGAUUACGUACCCAACAUUAAUCUCCCUCGGCAUCGUCCUAAGUGUUCCUGUAAAUGCCAUGGUGGACCUCUAUACAUGUGAAAUUCAUUUCAACACAGUGCGCCUGAUUGCUGUGUUCAUCAUUUGCCUGGGCUUCCUCAUGCUGCUGUUACCGGAGGACUGGGACCAGUGUAUCAUCCAGCUCAGCACCAAGCUGCGCAAACGUGAUGAACCAGCAGAGGGCAGCGGAGAGGCAGGCGCUACGACAGGGCUCAACUGGAGAGGGAGAGCCAGGACCUCCAUGUCAACAUUUGCACAUUGACUCCAUGAAAUAUCACCAUGCAAACACACACACAGACACAGGGAGGUAGACACAUUAACACCUUUCAGUGUCAAUGUUGGGACAUUCGAUCCUACUGGUGCCCUGCCCUCUCUUACACACAAAGUAUUUGGGACUGCUUUCUAAUCAGUAACAUUUAAGCAAAGAGGGAAGAUACAAGAAACGUAGAUUGCAUAUCAUUCAUUUGGAGUCUAUCCCACUCAGAAGUUUUCCGAAUUGGUGCAUAGACUCAUAUCAAUUGUAAUCCUUCUUACCCAAAAAAUUAUCAGGUAUAACUGAUUGAGUCAUAUAUUAAUUUUGAUGUACCUCUUAAUCAUUCCAUCGGCUCACCACAUCCUUGCGCCUGGGAAGACCUGCCAACUUGCCUGAUUUUUCAGUUCUGUGGAGAAAGACAGACUUUUUCAAGGAACACCUUGUGGACUUGCUGGCUUUAACAUAUACACAUUUACACACAUUUAAGAUCCAAAGAAGAAUGCCUAAAAAUGCUGAAUGCCUGAAAACAAAAGGGAGGCCCACAGUGGCAUCCCUCAGGUGUAAACUUAUGACAAAUACCUGCCUUUCGUGCACUGUACAUAGCUGUAUUUCACACCUUGGAUGUCCUGGAGCUGUGGACCCAGUGGGCUCAUCUGGUGUGAAGGGACCUGUCUGGAUAUGUGAGGAUCAGUUGGAGCUGAAGAAGCUUUCACAAUGCCUCACUCUGUUCAUCUUGAGAAAAGAGGUCAGGUCCUUUUUGACCACACUGAUUGGCCGCAUGUGGUUAUGUGCUUUCCUGGGGCUAAACUCCCACUCUGUCAGUACUGACACCCAUUGCUCAGGCCCACAGUUCAGUCACAAGAGAUCAGAAACCAGUAUCUCACCAGUAUUGCAUAAGUUUUCAAUGCAUGAGAUGGUUGAGAUUUAUUUGUCAAAAAGUCCUGAGAGCUGUCAGUCCAUCCAUAAAGCAUUUGCCUCACAUUUUCUGUUGCUGAGACACUGGCAGCAGACACUAUUAACAUUUUAUUAUCCAGGCAAUGCAGGUAAUACACGUAUUUCCAUGUAUUGUCAUUCAAAUAAUAUUAAACUUUCACAAUUAAUGCUUCAGGUAUCCCAAUGUUUGGAUGGACUAAAAGAACUAACAGCUUAUAAUAAGACAUGAAAACUUGGAACUACCCCUUUAAUAACUUUGAACAUCAAACAUAGCUAUCACUGAGCCUCCCUUUUUGAAUUCCUAUCACACUCAACUUUCUAGACUCAUAUGCACACAAACUAAUUUGCGACAGUUCUCAGUUAAAUUGUUUUAUUUCUGGAGAAAACAACAGUAGAUGGAAACUGUCUCACUGUGGCUUGAGGAGACAUGUGUUGACACAUGAGAGUGGCUCACAUUUGUCCAGCUCUGCUCGCUGUCAAAGUCUCACUGUAUUUGUUUUCAUUUAUCACAUCUCAUGAGGCAAGUUAAUUACCGAGAUGAACCUGUGAGUGACUGAGGCACGCGCCUUGUAAAGCGACUGGUGGAAACUCUGCCUUGUUGUGAAUGUAUGAACAUCACUCGACCACACAUGCUCAGCUACGUGCUAUCUGUUUUUUUACAGUGCCACCACAGACUGCUACAGAGAGACUCUUUAAUACUAUCCUUCUUGUACUCAUCUGACUGAGUUGCAUUUUUUUGAACAAACUCUUGACGCAUUGGACAGACUUUUUAUAUUUUUGCAUUUGGUUGCUGACUAACCUUAAGAAACAAUGACAGCUACAGGAUGAGCAUGCACAUACUGUAUAAGCAGAUACAGCUGACAAGUCCACUUCACUGCCUUUUCUUUGUUUUGCAAUAGAGUACAUUAGCACUGUUUCCCAUUGUCAUUCUCUAUGACAAUAAAUAAUAAUAUUGUAUUCCUCUGGAAUUAUUGCUAGACAUAAAUGUAAACCUUUGUAAGGAAUGAAGAUUUUUACACUGAGAUGCAACAUAUGAUUAUCACAUUUGAGGAAGAAAUAUUUAGAAAGUGAAUAAAUGAUGGGUUUAUUAGAUCUACUUUUGGGUGUCUUCAAGUGUAAUCACAUGUACUAUAUAAAAGAUUUCUUUUCAA